AAGCCAAGAUCGAAGAUCCAGAUCACAUUCAAAGUUUAAACUACACGAGGAUAGUCGACGGAGAUCCCUCAGAGAAUAGAUAGGUCGAUGAACAGAUCCCUUUGAGAGUAUGUAGUUUAAGUGCGUACAGGAAACAAGCGUACCAAAAAGACCCAGGGGUAUUAACCCUGUUUUCAGACAAUUUUUGUGGUUUACAGUUUGACUUUUUGAAUAAGAAAGUAGACUCCUUCAAGAAACUGCCGUAAAGUGAGCUAAGGCAAGUGUUGCAGUGAGAUAGGUGGCGUAGUCUACACCUGUGGAUGCGAGAAGCACUUUGGACUUUCGUUGGAAACCCCUGAUGACAAGACGCAUAACAAGUAGCCUACUGCAUUACACAAAAUAGGCAGUUGAUAGUAGUGCAGGGAUUUCGGAAAAAGCUACAUUUCAAGGGAAGAUGUGGAGGAGUUUUACUCUCCUAGUAACGUUUCUCCUGAGCGAGUAUAGUUGCGGCUCGUAUGUGCCGUGUGAACCGUGUGACCAAAAGGCGCUCUCCAUGUGUCCGCCGGUGCCGAUCGGAUGCCAGUUGGUGAAGGAACCCGGUUGCGGGUGCUGCCAGACGUGCGCGCUCACUGAGGGCCAAUCUUGUGGUGUGUACACCGGGACAUGCUCGCGGGGGCUCCGCUGCCUGCCGAAGAACGGGGAAGAGAAGCCGCUGCACGCGCUCCUCCACGGCAGAGGAGUUUGCACAAACGAAAAGAUGUACAAAUCGCUGCAUACUUCACGGGUUGGGAACUCUCCUGACUCUAUCCUGCCCCAGGCCAAGGUACCCCUGUACAGCAGAGAUGAACAAAUGAGCAGUAGGAAGGCUCAGGCUCUGAAAAUUGCCAUGGAACGCAAAAGACAGAAGGCCAAGAUCCACUCUGUCUCUGGCCUUGACUACUCUCCCCUCACAAUAGACAAACUGCAGCCAGAGAUUGGUCCCUGCAGGAGAAAGCUGGAUGGGAUUAUUCAGAACAUGAAGCACACCUCUCAGGUCAUGGCCUUCUCCCUCUACAUACCCAACUGUGACAAGAAGGGCUUCUACAAGCGCAAGCAGUGUAAACCGUCUCGCGGACGGAAGCGUGGGAUCUGCUGGUGUGUGGACAGCUUUGGCGUGAAGCUCCCAGGAACUGACUACAGCGGGGGAGACAUUCAGUGCAAAGACCUGGAGAACAUCAGCAACAACUAAUGAAAGAGAAAGAAAGAAAGAAAGAAAGAAAGA